AUGUGUUCACAAGCACUUGGUCGAAUCACUGCAUUCACUGCCAAAACUAAAGAAGCUGAACAAGCGAUGAAGCAUAUAUUCACUGUGAUCGAUCGUAAACCAUUGAUCGAUACCAAUCAAGGAGAUAAACCAAAGAAAGCAUUUAAUGGUCUAAUUGAAUUUAAAAAAGUCAAUUUUCGUUAUCCAACAAGACCGGAAACAAAAGUUUUACAUAAUAUUACAUAUUCCAUUCAACCAGGCAGUAAAAUUGCAUUAGUCGGUCAAUCAGGUUGUGGUAAAUCUACACUAAUUCAAUUAUUACAACGUUUCUAUGAUCCAAUUAAUAAUGAUAGUUAUAAUUUACAAAAUGGUAUAUUUUUUGAUGGUAUUAAUUUACGUCAAUUGGCACCAUGUUGGAUUCGACAACAAAUUGGUGUAGUUAGUCAAGAACCAAUAUUAUUCAAUAUUAGUUUACGUGAUAAUAUUGCCUAUGGUGAUCAUAGUCGCGCCUCUAAUAUCCAUGAUUUUAUAGUGUCAUUACCUAGUGCAUAUGAAACAUUAGCCGGUGAAAAUGGUUCACAUUUAUCCGGUGGUCAAAAACAACGCAUAGCUAUAGCCCGUGCUCUACUACGUAAACCAUCACUUCUAUUACUUGAUGAAGCAACAUCAGCGUUGGAUAAUGAAAAUCAACGUCUUGUACAAAAAUCUCUCAAUGAUGCAAUGAUCAGCACCAGCACCAGCACUACACGUACAGCUCUGAUUGUAGCGCAUCGUUUAAAUACAAUUGAAAAUGUUGAUUACAUAAUUGUUUUAUCAAAUGGACGAAUCAUAGAAUAUGGAACAUUGAAUGAAUUACUCGCUAAACAAGGUGAAUUUUAUAAUUUAUAUAAAUUAAAAAGUCAUUAG